AUGACAAACGUUCAUCCAAGCCUCCCCGCUAAAACUCCCAUAUUCCUCCUUAAAACCAAAUCAACCCCCCACGACGGGUACGAAGAAUACUUCUCCGCUUCCGGCCGCUACGACCCUUCUUUCAUUCCCGUCCUUGAGCACAGAUUUCGUGACAAGAGCCUGCGGAGGAUAAGGGACUUAUUUGUUUCCGGGGAUAUUAACGAUCAAUAUGGCGGGCUGAUAUUUACGAGUCAGAGAGCGGUGGAAGGGUUUGCGAGAGUGAUUCAGGAGGAGGUAGGAGAAGACGCAGCUAUAAAGGCAUCCAGAUCUCUCCUCCUCUACACCGUCGGACCGGCAACGUACCGAACCCUAAAUGUACUGCGCGAAUCAUAUCUGCCGCAUUCGCAAAUAAUGGGCCAUGACGCAGGUACCGGGGAGAAACUUGCGCAUAUCAUCCUCUGCCACUACAAUGCAAAUUACAACCGGCUCACAGAUGCAGAGAGCGCAGAUGAUACCGCAAAAAGGAAGAGAGACAGCAAACUGCCUCUCCUCUUCCUCAUUGGUGAGCAGCACAGAGAUGUCAUUCCCAAGACACUUAUGGCGGAGACUCUUCCUCCGGAGCGGCGGAUAGAGGUUGAGGAAUUGAUUGUGUAUGAGACGGGGGUUAUGGAGUCGUUUAAGGACAUGUUUGCGGCUGCGCUACGGGAUGCGAGAGAGAAGAGAAUGCGGGAGAGAGAUGGUCGGGCUAGGAACGAUGAUAGUGAUGAACGGGCUAUGUGGGUUGUUGUCUUCUCGCCUACGGGCUGUGAGGUUAUGCUUCAAACACUUGGGCUGACUGCGGACGACGGAGGAGAGGGUAUAUCCACAUCUACAUACAGAGACGGGGGCAAGAGAAGAGCAGCAGAGGCACUUCGCGACUGCUAUAUUGCGACGAUAGGCCCGACGACGAGAGACCAUUUACGUGAGAAAUAUGGAGUGGAGCCCGAUGUUUGCGCGGAAAUACCGAGUCCUGAAGGGCUUGGGACAGGGAUUGAAAAGUUUCUGGCGGAGAGAAACGCGAGAUAG